GAUUUUGACAUUAGCGCCAUACAGCACCUAUUUCUGCACAGUCGGCUACAUAACUUAUUACUUUAAUGCUUAGCUGACUGUUAAAUACACAUAUCUUACAGUUAACAGAGUUUGUCGAUAGCAUGUGAAAAAACUCACAAUGACAAGCAGGGAUAUAGUUUACGACAAGUUCCACUUCAGGCAUGACCCAAAGUGGAGCAGCCGCUUGGGGCCUCCGGAGGGAGACGGGCUGCGCCUCUGCCUGGCCUGCCUCAUUGAAAUGAUUGAUGAUGAAGACAUUGCGUCUGUGAGGAAGUCUUCCGCCUUGUCCAGUGUAAGUGGAGUGCUGAAGUGCUCUCCAGGGACUUUGAGAGAGCUGCUCCUACAAGACCACAGAGUCUGUCUGCAUUUUAUAGCCAAACUUUUGGGGAUGCUUCAAACUGCAGAGGACCCUGUCACUCUGGAGAAGGUUGACCAAGUGCUGGUUCAGCUGCUGCUAGAGCUCCAGAGCGAGCUGUCGUUUCGCUUUGUUUUGGAUGAGAUACACAAACAGCUUAGUGAGCAGCUCAGUGUGAAGCGUUUCCUGCCUACAUUCAGCUUCUUGGGGAACCUAAUAAAAGCUGCUCCUAAUGUGUCCCAGAGCCUUGUGACUCAUGUGCCCUUGUUGGACCGCCUGUGCUCAGCCUUUCUUUUCCCUGAUGAGGCACUGAAGACUACAGUAGUAUAUGUGUGGCUCCAACUGCUCGGAGCUCCUGGGGGCUCAGCAGCUCAGUCCUUGCCUACAGCUGUUAGGGACAGAGUGUGUAACGUGUUGGUGCAAACCUUAGCCAAUGCCAGCUCCCCAAACCUCCUCAGAAAUUGUGUUGGCCUGCUGUCGCAGCUUGUGCAGCUGGCCGAUGUUGUGUCAGUUCUGAUGAACAGCCUGAGCUGUCAGGUCAUGUGCGAUGAGAACGAGGAGAUCCUUGCCAACAACAGCCAGAGCCUCAGCCAAAACCAAGAGCAACAGCCCCCUGACCACUGCCCUCUGCCUCUCAUACUGAAAAAGUUGCUUCUGAGUGGUGAUGAGACCUUGCAGGUGAGCAGUGCAAAGUGUAUUGCAUCUGUUCUGGUCCACUCUCCCAGUCAGUACAGCGCUCCCUUCAUCAAGGCUGAUGUACCUGUGUUUCUGUUUGACCGUCUGGCCUGUAGUAGCAAUGAGGUGCUGCUGUGGUCUGCCUACAGCUGCUUGCUGUUACUAACUGAGGAGCCGCUCUUUUUCUCCCAGUGUCACUCCGCUUACGGUAUGGAGUACCUGGUGCGCAGUCUGAAGGAGUCUUUGCAGCUGACCAACCUAGAAGUGCCAAAACAAGGUUUGCUGCUCCUCAGAGAAAUACUGGAAAGACAACCUGCAAGCGUGCGCCUGUUCCCCAGUGCCCCAGGGUUUGUGGCCGUUUCAGAGGCCCUGGUUGCUGGAGUCUCCUCCUCCUGCUUGCUGGUAGCCACACAGGCAGCCAGCACUGCCUCUGCCUUGUUCAGACCUGACCACCAGUCCAGACCAGUCCAGUACAAGGCAAUAAUCGAUUUGAUAGAGGCCAUCACCAGCAGAUUCUCUGAGUUAACUCUGCCCUCCCCUGCUGAUCGGCGAAUCUCUGGGAGAUUGAAGAGGUCAGAUCCCAUCAGCCAGGCUUUGAGGUCUGAAAGAUUUCUCCUCCAGGCCCUGGUCUGUUUUCACACUGCCUGCAGGUUGGCUGAGGAGUGUGCAUCAGAGCCUGUUUUGAAGGAGAACGCAUUCACAGCUCCAUACAAACACAGCGGUGCUCAGGACUCUCUGGAGUCUCUGUGUCAAUGCCUGCUCCGCUGCUGUGAUGCUGUCUGGAUACCCACUGUUAUAAGGAUGUGUGAGUGCGAACCCAACGCCCUCAUACUGCAGAACUUCUACUCUAUCCUGUCUUCCCAGUUCACCCUGCUUCCAUCUCUCAUGCCCGCCUUUGCAAAUAAACUAGCAUCCUCUGGUUUCUACAGACUGGCUGUGGAACACAAAGGCCUCCUCUGUGCAGGAAACAGGAACCCGAAUCUGAAUGCAUCUUGCUGUGGUUUUCUGCAGAAACUCAGUAUGUGUCUGCUUUCCCAGACAGACCCUCCUUCUGACUCCCACCAGCACGAUCUUAAAGAGGUGGAAAAUCUUCUGCUACACAACCUUCCCUCUUUGUGUUAUCGUGUGUCAGACUGGCCCUCUCUGCUGUGUAAAUAUCAAGGACCACAAGCUCCUAAAUACUGCAUGGUGAUAGUGCUGUACCUCGCUCUGGAGCAAGAAGACAGGCUCCUCCCAGACCAGAAAGUGUUUUCCAGUGUGGUGUGGCUGUUGCGUUCAGUGCAGGAGCAGGGCGGCUGCGUCCUGCCUCACACUGUGCUCCGCUCUGCCCUCUAUCUGCUGGCGGUGACACAGGACAAGAGCCCCUGUCUUGAUGGGGCUUCUUUGAAUUGCAUCAGCAAGGCACUCUCCUCCUGUCAAAGCUUCUCUUUGCUCUACUUUCACCAUCCUUCGCUGCUCCACUUCAUGUGUCGCUACCCAGAGCUAGCAGAGAAAUUCGGUGCCCUGGUCUUGGAACUGUGGUUGACCAAGCAAGAGCAGCACACAGAAGCAGGGUCUUCCAUGGCAGACACACAGGAGGGGAAAGAAAGCAGUGCAGAUGAGAGGGCAGAUCAGGAGUCAGACACAGUAACCAUGGAGCUGCUGUCUGUGAUGGAGAAGUACCCAGCUGUCAUACUGACCCUCCUGGACAUGGUUUGCACCAAAGAGGCUCCCUUAGCAGAGCGAAUUUUGGGUGUGCUAGAAGUUAUUUUGGGAGGUCAAAGAGACUACAAGGCAGACUUGUGUACAUACCUCAGGCCAGCGCUGCUCCGGGCUUUACAGCGUGUCAGCGUGGAAGACAUAAACCAUGGGUUUGAGCAGGGACAUGCUGCACAGGUGAACUCACUCCCUCUGGUGCUGAAGCUGCUUUGUGUGACACAGGCCAGUGAUCUGCCUUCAUCUCCCCACUACAGUAAUAUGGAAGGAGUGCACUUCAAGCUGCUCUACCAUGUGAGUAACAUAGCUGGGAGGUUGAAGCCUGGAGAAACAGAGAGCCUGCUCCCUGCCCUCAGCUACCUCUACUGCUGCCUGAAGCUGUGCCCUGCACACUGCACUGACAGAGCUGUCUCCAUGCUGCUCUCCAACUGUGGGCUGAUGGACCAGCUGCAGACAGUCUUCACCUCCUCCUCCUCCUCCGCUCCAUCCCUCUCUCCAUCAGCCUGUCCUCCUUCGGCCCUGCUCUGCUGCUGCCAUCUACUCCUGUCCUCCCUCAUUACCUUGCAGUGUGUUCACUCCACUCAGGUCCAUAAGAGCAUCACUUGGAGUCUGGACACAGCUGUGCAGCGACUCCUUAUUCAGAAGAGAAACACAGACAAUCUCCUGCUGAUCAGCUACCUGAGGUUGCUGCAGGCUCUGCUUGAUGCUGACCUGGCAUCAGAAGUUGUGUGUCUGAGCACUGGUGCUGGUUUGAUUGGAUCCAGACCCCUUGGGGUUGAAGAUGGUGCUUUGUACCCACUUGGCUCCAGAGGGGCCCAGCACCUAUCAACUGCUCUCAGUGGACUCCUUCUGCAGAAGCACGACUUGCUGUUGCGAGCCUCAGUCAACUGUCUGAGCUCCCUGCUGGGCUUCCUUCAGAGAAAAAGUCCCGCUACAGCCGAGCAUGUGGUGUGUCAACCAUGGAGUCGAUUUCUCCUCCACAGCCUGCUCAGCUCAGGAAGGAGCUGCCUUCUGCAUCCUGCCAUUCUCAAAUUCAUCACACUUCUGCUGCAGGACAGCAGGACAGCAGUGCUACGGGAGCCUGAACUGCUCCUGGUGAUGGAGGCAGUGGAGAGGAGGGGGGUGAAGGAGCUCGACAGGGAAGCAGAACAGGUGCUAAGACUGCUGCUGACACAGAUCCAGAGCAGAGUUCUGCUACCCAGAGAGGAACACAAGCAGAAAAUGAGGAACAUGAUAGAGGAACUCACAGAGCGGAUGCCUGAUGAGAGCUGCAGCCCAAGUCUGUCCCACAAUGUCCUACGUGUUGGAGACGUGUCCCUCUGCCUGUCUGACUUCAUGUUGUAGACGAGCUCGUGUUCAGGCCGUGGAUUUUGAAAGUUCUUGUUAUUGUUCCUUUGUUGUUCCAUUUGUUUGACUUUGGUGUACUUGCUGUUUCUGUUAUCCUCCUAAAACUGUACAUCCUGUAGUUUUACAGCAUCAUAGUGAACUAACUGUCUGCAUCCAUUUGUUCAUUUCUUCACUGUCCCUGACUGUUAUCUGAUGUCUAGGAGCAGAUGUUUUUCCUAUUCUGAUUUGAGUAAGAUUCUUAAGGGUACUGACAGAAAAUAAGCUGCCAGCUGAUGGGAAUGUGACUCCCUGGAGACCACCAGUGUGUCUGGUAGUGGCUGUCAGUUGGACAAGCUGUCAGUGAAGUGCUUUAGAGCAGUAUGGGAUAUAAACGCUGGGUAAAAAUGUCUCUGGUGGUCUAUUUUCUAACUGUAUGGCCACUGAUGAUCUCUCCGCUCUCAGGCUUUAGGCUGCUGCAGGAAAAUCAAUUGUACCAACAGGCAGCUCCAGUGUAUUUCUUU